AUGCAAAGCGUAAGAAAUUCCAUCUUGAGCCAUAUGAGGCUGAGGUGUUCUGCUGAACAGUUAUCGUUUGCUCAGAGAGGAAAUGUGCUCAAGCAGUUUCGUUGGAAGAUGUGUACAUCAGCAGGCACCAGCCCUGAUCAAAUCAUGGAUCGAGUAAUUAGACUGGUUAAGAAGUUUGAUAAACUUGAUGCCACUAAGGUUACUGAAACAGCUGAUUUCCAAAAAGAUUUGUGCCUGGACAGUUUAGACAGGGUUGAACUUGUCAUGGCUUUUGAGGAAGAAUUUUCCAUUGAAAUCCCUGAAGAGAAAGCCGAUAAACUUACCUGUUGCGCUGAUGUUGCAAAAUAUAUAGUUUCUGGAGGUGAGCAGAAAAAUGUAAAUCCUGAGUAG